CUCCCGAACACUUACCCGACCCCAUCUCCCGAGUCCACUGGCGUCGCUAAGGUCUCCAACAGUGACGAAGACGAAAUGGAUAUGGAAGUACACACGGCUUAUCGAGGAUCCAGCGCGGACGAUGGAAUUACACCGGGGCUAGGACGCGGUGUUCUGCCUGCCAGAAACCGUCUCCGUAAGAAGCCGGCAGGACUGAAACUCAUGAAAGGCGAUCCUAGAAUUGGCGCAGCGAGCAGACCACAUAGUGCGCCUCUAUACGGGUCUGCUCUUGCGAUUACUAGGGAGGAGCGUUCGAAUACAUCACCGGCUAUCACAGAGUCUUCUCCGUUAGCUCUUGCUGCAAGUGCUGGUAACCGUACGCAGGGAAGCACUCUAGCAAUUCCGCAAUCGCAGUUGCCAGCAUUGAUAUCUCCACUUAUGUUUGACUACCUUCACGGCCCUGGUUCACCACUCUUUGAGAGCAGAAGUGCUGCGCUACCGGGUCACACGUCUAUCUCUUUCCAACGCAAUAGCAAACCACCAUACGAAGACGUAGCAAUGUUGCACGGCCUCGACGAUGCGACGGAUAGCCCACACUCCGCUCCUGCUGCGAGAGAGACCCAGUGUGCGGACCAGAUACCGUUGCAAUCAAAUCAGAUACCGCCAGUAUACAUGGAAAACGUCGGUCGUCCAAGGUCCGUGUCACAUGGCGGGUCCGCGCUUGCGCCUGUAGUUACAGAGAGUGAAAGGGUGCAGAAAAAGGUGAGAAUCACCCGUGAUCCUGCUGUGGCGUCCCGAGGCAACGCAGCAAAACGCCGGAGAGAUGGCUUCGAGCAAAAAGACAUCGACAUUGUCGACUUCAAGUACCGUACCAUCAAAGUCAUCCGUAUGCCUACGCGGAUUGACUUGACGCCAGGUCAAGAUCCACCUGAGCCGACGCCCGAGAACUUACCAUACGGAGACGACAUCGACUAUCCAUCCAGCAUGCUCGUGUACUGGCUUGACGAAAAAGAGCUUACGUACACAGAGAGUGCUAGACGGUAUCGAGCGAUGUUCCCAGGUGAGACUACCACUGACGAUACGGUUCGUAAAAUCCAUCAUCUUGCCCUGCUGAAACUGGCGAGAAAGUACGGAUUCAAGCAUGAGGAUGAGAUUGAGGAACCGAGCCGGAGCGUUUUACGUCGCGGUCAGCAGGCUGGUCACAAGUACAAUACAAUCGGUGGCAAGGCCGUCUAUGCUGCUGGCGCUGGUCCUGAAAUUGCCGGAACAGUUCGGCGAAAGAGGAUCAGUGAGCCGACAGCGCAUCGAGGAUUCUUGAAAGCGUGCAUCUGUGUCUGGAAGGAUACCUCGGACGUCAGCUUCGAACAGAUCCAGCACAGGUUGGCAAAGGAGUACAGCUGGCAUAUUGGCGUGAAUACCGUCCAGAAGCUGUACUACUCGGAACGUGGGCGAGUUUAUGGCACGUAUGCAGAUGCUGGUGGCAAACCCGCGAGAGCUCCGGACGCAGAGGAGAUCGUUGAGGCAACUGAAGGGGAAAAGGAAUUGUAGACUAUGGUGGAGGAGGAAUCGGAUCCCGACUUCUUUGUUUCUCGGUAUGCGAGAUGAUAGUAUGUUGCAGUUUGUAUGGUACAGAAGCUUGCCAGUCCAGGACAGUGACUUGGACGGGUGCACUGCUCAGCAAAAUGUGAGCCUUGCUCAGUGCAGUGCAAGGACUAUUGCGGUAGAAGUCAGUAUUUAAUGCAUAUGAUCGUAAUAACAAAGUACAGGAUGGUACACAGGCAAGCGCGACUCGUGAUGGCGAGAG